AAAUAUUUUAAUUUUUUUGGUAUUUUUCUACUCAAAAACAGAAUUAUUCAAUGUUGAAAAGUUGAAACUAAAGUGGAACCAUUCAAAAUUUUAAUAAUCAAAAAAAAAGUCACGAUGUCUUUUGUACAAAGAAAUCAAAGUCCGUGGAAAUUAGCUCUUAAAUUUAAUUUCUAUUACUUCGAUAUUACUUAAAUGUGCUUGUUACACGAUGAAUUGCAGUAAAUAGACUUAACAAUUAUUUUAGUAAUUGAAAUCAUAUUCUCUAAAUUUUCUUUCAAAAUGAAAAUAAUAUUCAUACUCUUGUUAACAUUUAAUUCUACUUUUAUAAUCAAUGUUUUAACUACAUCAUGUACUUACAAGGAUUUUUUUAUAGAAUACUUUGAAAACACAAUUGUUAAAAACAUCACACAGAUUAAACCUAAUCUUUAUAUAUUAUAUGAAGUAAAUCCUUCAGAAGGUUUUAAUUUACGUCGAGAUGUAUACAUACGUAUGGCGGUAUUUUUAAAAAACUUAAAAACUCAAGAUAAAUUCAAAUCAGCAAAAUUAGUUUUGCCACCAUUUACAAAACUUUUUCAUUGGAAAAGCCAUGAUAUACAACAAGAUUUUAUAACUUGGAAACAUUUUUUUGAUUUAGAUAGCCUUUCAAUAUUUACUGAUAUAAUAGAUUAUGAUGACUUCCUUGAAGAAAUUGGUUUGACUUUUGAAGAUCCAUUAACAAUUGAUAUUAUAUUUCAAUUACAACAUUUCAAGGAAAUGUUUGAAAAUGGUGUAUUUAUUGAUAAAUUUAAAAUUGAAGCUUGUGAUAAAAAAAAUUUCAAUAUAAAAUCAGUUUUUAAUAAAUGGAAUUGUAUAGAAAGAAAAUUUUUAUGCUUGAAAUUCCAAGGUACAACGAAAUUAUUGUUGAAAGUUAUAAAUUUUGCAUAUAAAACUAUAAGAACAAGACCAGCCAUAAUAAUGUUUUUAAAUGCAGAAAUAUUUUUACAUGAACAAUGGGGCAGUCAAAAAUUUUGGAUGGCUAGAAGAAGUAUGAGAUUUAAUAAGAAUUUAGUAGAAGAGGCAGAUAAAUUUCGUUUAAAAAAUUUCAACUCAACAAAUAAUUUAGAUUUAGUGCAAAGACCGCAUAAUUGGAAAGAUGAAAUUUAUUAUAGAGGUGCAAAAGGUGGUCCAUAUUUAUGCGCUCAUUUAAGAAGAGGAGAUUUUUUAAAUGGUAGAGAAAACUUAAUUCCAACUCUAAAGUCAGCAGCAAUUCAAAUAAAAGGAAAACUGAAAGAAUUAAAUUAUACAAAAGUUUUUCUUUCAAGCGAUUGUACAAAAGAAGAAUUUAAUAACUUCAGAUCUUAUUUAAACAAAAUACAGGUGUAUAAAUUUCAACCGGAACCGCAUCAAUUAUAUAAAAUAAAAGAUGGUGGUGUAGCAAUAAUAGAUCAAAUAAUUUGUUCUCAUGCCGGAUAUUUUUUAGGUACUUUCGAAAGCACAUUUACGUAUAGAAUACAAGAGGAACGUGAAAUUCUAGGCUUUAGAAAAAAUUUAACAUUCAAUACAUUUUGCAAAAAUGAAGAUCUUUCAAAUUGUCAACGAAAUGCUGUAUGGCCUAUUGUAUAUUAAUAUUGCAAUAUUUUUUUAUAUUAAUCACUUAUUACUUAAUUAUGCCAAAGAAACUUAUUUAUAACUCAAAACUUAAAAUAAAAGUGAUAAUUUUUUUUAUUAAAAUAUUUAAUCAAUAAGUAUUUAUUUCUAAAUGCAUGUAUAUUAAGAGCUAUUAAAAAAUUCAUUAUUCCGAGGUGAGUCUGGAAUAUGGAAAUUAAAUCAAUAGUUGAAGUAAGAAGAAAAACGUAAUAAUAAUAACAGUUUUCAAUACAUAUCGCCGGCUGCCAGAAUCUUUGAAAUAAAAUAUAUUUAAGAUACAUAUUUCAACAACUAUAAUCUAUAUUUUACCAUCGAAACAUAAAUUUUGAAAUUGAAAGUGCGGUAAUGGAUAAUUAUUUGGACAAUUUGAUGUGGGCUGACCAAAUUCUAUUUCAUUUCGUAUUAUAUAUUUGUAAUAAUUACAUACAAAAGAAAAACUAUCGUUGAUCCUGCAAGAAUUUGUUCACGAUAAUAUAAAUAAUUAAAUUAUACAAAUAUGCAUAAUAUCUUAUA